AUGCGGGAGGUGUCCUCAGUUGACCCUGCACCGCAACUGGGCCGCAAGACGCCACGCACAGAGCGCUGCGGGGAGCAAUACAGAGAGGACGUACUCUCCUGGUUUCCCGUGACUCUCUCGGACCAGGAAGUCUCCCUGAGUGCGGAGCAGCUCCUGGGCCUCAGUGCGAGGGAUAGCCCCGUGGUACCACUCCUGGUCCACCAGAGGGCGCUCCGAGGUGGGGAUCACAUCGAAGAACUGCUGCAGAAAGAGGAGUUAAGCCUAGUGUACACUCACGCAGCGCUGGUUACGCAGCCACAGUCGGACCUACGCACCCACAGUCGGACCUACGCAGCCACAGUCGGACCUACGCAGCCACAGUCGGACCUACACACCUACGCAGUCACAGUCGGACCUACGCACCUACGCAGUCGCAGUCGGACCUACGCACCUACGCAGUCGCAGUCGGACCUACGCACCUACGCAGUCACAGUCGGAUCUACGCAGUCACAGUCGGAUCUAAGCAGCCACAGUCGGACCUACACAGCCACAGUCGGACCUACGCACCUACGCAGUCACAGUCGGAUCUACGCAGUCACAGUCGGAUCUAAGCAGCCACAUCGCAGUCGGACCUACGCACCUACGCAGUCGCAGUCGACCUACGACCUACGCAGUCGGACCUACGCACCUACGCAGUCGCAGUCGGACCUACGCACCUACGCAGUCGCAGUCGGAUCUAAGCAGCCACAGUCGGACCUACACAGCCACAGUCGGACCUACGCACCUACGCAGUCACAGUCGGACCUACGCACCUACGCAGUCACAGUCGGAUCUACGCAGUCACAGUCGGAUCUAAGCAGCCACAGUCGGACCUACGCAGUCACAGUCGGACCUACACACCUACGCAGUCACAGUCGGACCUACGCACCUACGCAGUCGCAGUCGGACCUACGCACCUACGCAGUCACAGUCGGAUCUACACAGCCACAGUCGGACCUACGCAGUCGCAGUCGGACCUACGCACCUACGCAGUCACAGUCGGAUCUACACAGCCACAGUCGGACCUACGCAGCCACACUACACAGCCACAGUCGGAUCUACGCAGCCACAGUCGGACCUACGCAGCCACACUACGCAGCCACAGUCGGACCUACGCAGUCACAGUCGGACCUACACAGUCACAGGUGGACCUACAGUCACAGUCGGGCCUACACAGCCACAGUCGGACCUACACAGCCACAGUCGGACCUACGCAGCCACAGUCGGGCCAACGCAGCCACAGUCGGACCUACGCAGCCACAGUCGGACCUACGCAGCCACAGUCGGGCCUACGCAGCCACAGUCGGACCUACGCAGCCACAGUCGGACCUACGCAGCCACAGUCGGACCUACGCAGCCACAGUCGGACCUACGCAGACACAGUCGGACCUACGCAGCCACAGUCGGACCUACGCAGCCACAGUCGGACCUACGCAGCCACAGUCGGACCUACGCAGCCACAGUCGGACCUACGCAGCCACAGUCGGACCUACACAGUCACAGUCGGACCUACACAGUCACAGUCGGACCUACACAGUCACAGUCGGACCUACACAGUCACAGUCGGAAACCAAAGCUGCUUCUUUCUCCUCUUCAGAACAAAAACAAAGUGAAGCUGUUUGA